GGCUGCGUCGCGCCCCUCAGGCCUGUCACGAGCCCUCAGCGAAGAUGGAGCCCGAGUCGCCCCACCGCGAGCUGGAGCUGUCAGCGCUGGAGGCUGAGACGGAGCCGAUGGCAGCGGCCGAGCCCGGGACCCCUCCCCAGGCGACCCUUCCCCACCGCGACCCCUCCCCACCCCCGGAGCAGCUGCUGGGCGUGGAGAAAAACGGGCUGAAGAUGAAAAUCCCCCCCGAGGAGGAAGAAGAAGCUCCUUUAGGGGGUUCGGGGGUCUCGGGGAGCCCCAAAUUCACAGGGCUGGGCAAGGAGGAGCUGCUGAGGGAAGCGGGGACGCCGCUCUGGGCCCGGGCCCGCCUGGUGCUGCUCGUGCUUUUCUGGGGGGGCUGGAUCGGCAUGUUGGGGGCUGCUGCUGCCAUCGUGGCACAAGCCCCCCGCUGCCAGCCCCUGCCCACCAAAGCUUGGUGGGAGCUCGGGGCGCUCUACAGGGCUCCCCCCAAGGCUUUUGGAGGGGAUCUGAAAGGUGUGGAGAAACGUUUGGGGUACCUGAAGGAGAAGCUGCAGGUUGGGGGGCUGGUGCUGGGCCCCGUGUACCCCCAAAAAUCCCCCGAGGCCAAAAUCCCCCCCCUGAAGGAGCUGGACCCCACCCUGGGCACCAGGCAGGACUUCAGCGCCCUGGUGCAGGCAGCCAAGGACAAAGGGGUGAAGGUGAUCCUGGACCUGACCCCAAACCCCGCCGGGAAUCCGGUCUGGGGGGACGCAGCCAAAGAUUCUGAGGUGCUCCAGCAGGUCCAGGCCGCCAUGAGCCAUUGGCUGAAGGAGGACAUUGCUGGGAUCUUCCUGGAUGGCAUCGAGGAGCUCCCGGACUUGGUGGUGGCCCAGUGGAGGAACCUGACGGAGCAGCAGCCGAGCCCCAGCGGUGUGGACAGGGUGCUGGUGGGGGGCACACGGCUGCAGGACCCCUGGAGGGCACCGGGGGGGCCGCAGCUGCUGCUGGGCCCCUUCCUGCAGCCCCUGGAGCCCAAGGGCGACGCCGAAGCACCCGAGGGAGCCCUGAGGAACCUCCUCAACUUCCUCAGCUCCAACUCCUCCGUGGGGCUGGGCUGGAGCGUGGGGUCCCCCUGGGAGACGUGGGUGAGCCCCAACCUGCGGCUGCAGCAGCUGCUGCUGCUCUGGGGGCUCCCCGGGACCCCCGUGCUGAGCUACGGCGACGAGCUGGGGCUGCCGCGGCCCCCCAAAAACCAGCAGUUGCCGCCGAUGCCGUGGGAAUCCAUCGAGGCCCCGAAACCGGCGGGAAACGGCUCCGAGCCCCCCGAGCUGGAGCUGUGCGCGGCCCUGGCCUCGCUGCGGGCCCACGAGCGCUCGCUGCUGCUGGGGGAGGCGUGGGCCGUGGCCGCCGGUUCAGCCAUGGCCGUGCUGCGGCGUUGGGACCAGAGCGAGCGGUUCCUGCUGGUGCUCAACCCCCACGGAGCCCCCCUCAAACCCUUCUCGGUGAAAAAGGAGCCUGGAGACCCCCAGGAACCCCCCCUGCCCACCUCGGCCACCGUGCGAUACAGCACCGGCCCGAAGGAGCCCGGGGAGCAGCAGCUGAGGCUGGAGGAGCUCAAGGUGGGACCCUACCAGGGGAUCCUGCUGGGCUUCCCCUACAGCCCCCAGUGACCCCCCCCUGGCACCCCAAAUCUGCAUUGACCCCCCCCAGCACCCCAAACCUGCACCGACCCCCUCCCCACCCCCUCGUUCCGGGUGGGGUCCCACACUCAACUCCCUUCACUCAUUUUUUGGGUUCUUAUCCUGCUCCCCUCACCUCAAAAUCCUUUUUUUGGGGGGUUUUUCUUCUGUUCCUGAUUCCAUUUUGAAGCUUUUGUUUUCUGGGGUCCCCUCACCAAAUAUUGAAUAAAUCAAUUGCAUUUG